AUGCUCCAAAUCGAGAAGAUCCAAAUGCAGCAUUUAUUGAAGAGUCCAAACAACAAACAGAAUAAUCCACAUAAGGGCAAAAUCAACAGAAAACACUCAGUGCAGCCAGUCAUUGCUUCUCCGGUAUCUGUGGCAUCAGUUAAAGACGUGGGGUGGUCAGUCGCUUACCUGGCAUCCUAUGCAAGAGGCCGCUGGAAACAUGCUGCCCGCAGGUCUGUCAGGAAGAAACCCUCAGAGGAAUAUGUAGGCAGCAAAUAUAAGGGGCUGGCAACGGAUGAAGACACUGUAGAUGGACAGAAGAAGAUCCAGCUGAAUAAAAGGCUCCUGGAUCACUUUCGAGUCCUGGCGGCCAGCAUUAAAGACACAGAUGAGGUGGACCUGCAGUUUCUGAAUGAUGUCCUCACGAAUGGAGCUAACCCAAACUCAGCAGAUAAAUAUGGGCAAACGGCCCUGCAUGAGAUCUCUCGGGCAUGGAACGUGGACGUGAUGCGUUUUUUCCUGGAAAGAGGGGCAGAUUUUCAGAGGGCCGAUGGUUUUGGAGUGACACCUCUUCAUGUAGCCGCAGCUCUGGAUUAUGAGGAAAUGCUGCAGUUCCUGUUAGAAAGAGGAGAUCAGAGUGAGACAGCGCGUUUGCUGCUGGGGUUUGGAGCAGAUGCUGGGGUGCAGGACUCUGAUGGACAGCUCUGCAUUAUUGCCAUGAUUGCUAAAAUGACCCCUGUGGCUGAUCUGGCAAUGAAUCAGUUCCGUAUGAAAGACCGAAUGACCUGACAGCAGUUCUACUACCUUCAUCUCAUGGAGCCAAAGCCUGCUGACAGGACAAACUCAAAAGGUUCUGAUCCAUCAUCACCGGACUGGUAGUGUGUGUUGAUGGUAGUUUUGGCUCUAGUUCUGACCGUGACUGAGGUGUACAGGGAAGUGAUGG